AAAAGAAGAAACUUGGAGAUCAAGUAGUAACUCUCCAAGAUAUUUUCUGAAAACCACAGUAAGACGACAGAAAUCUGGAGUUCUCGAAAGAUAGAUCGAUGGAGAACGCAACUACACAGAAAAUUCCUCUUCUCACCCCAUUUUCGAUGAGAAACUUCAACCUUACACACAGAAUAGUUAUGGCUCCGAUGGGGAGAUUGAGAUCAUACGGUUACGUUCCACAACCUCAGGCCGCCUUGUAUUACUCUCAGAGAACAACUCCGGGAGGUCUCCUCAUCAGCGAAGCCACCGGAAUUUCUGAAACUGCCAUGGCGUAUAUAAACAUUGGAGGGAUAUGGAGAAAAGAACAAAUAGAAGCAUGGAAGCCCAUCGUUGACGCCGUUCACUCUCGCGGCGGCGUCUUCUUCUGCCAGCUCUGGCACGCCGGUCGUGUUUCUCAUCGAGAUUGGCAGCCAAAUGGGGAAGCUCCGGUUUCUUCUACGGAUAAGCCAGUCGCCGACGAUCCAUCGAGUCAGUAUAGAUUUACCCCUCCGAGAAGACUAACAACUGAAGAAAUCCCCACCAUUGUCAAUGAUUUUCGUCUUGCUGCAAGAAACGCAAUCGAAGCUGGUUUCGAUGGAGUGGAGAUCCACGGAGCUCACGGCUACUUGGUUGACCAGUUUUUGAAAGACUCUGUUAACGAUCGAACCGAUAGUUACGGCGGAUCUCUAGAGAAUCGAUGCAGAUUCGCAUUAGAAGUAAUCGAAGCGGUGUCGAACGAGAUCGGACCUGAUCGCGUCGGAAUCAGACUCUCACCUUUCGCUAAUUACAUGGAAUCCGGAGAUUCAGACCCUAAAAGCUUAGGGCUUUACAUGGCUAAGUCUCUCAACAGAUUCGAGAUACUCUACUGCCACAUGGUUGAGCCGAGGAUGAAAACAGUAAGUGAGAUUUUCGAAUGCACGGAAUCACUUACGCCGAUGAGAAAGGCGUUUAAUGGAACGUUCAUUGUCGCCGGAGGUUAUACCAGAGAAGAUGGGAACAAAGCGGUGGAGGAGGGAAGAGCCGAUCUUGUGGCGUACGGACGACUGUUUUUGGCUAAUCCGGAUUUGCCUAGAAGGUUCGAGCUCGAUGCGCCGCUGAAUAAGUAUGACAGACCAAGUUUCUAUACUACUGAUCCUGUCGUGGGUUACACUGAUUACCCAUUUCUCGACACUACAGAUUAAAUCUCUUUUCACUUCAACUGUUAUGGUAUGCCCAAGUCCGUUAACUGUGACCGGGCUUUAUACGAAAUAAAAAAUUCGGAAACCUUUGAGAGUUCAA